AUGCCAAAAUCUUCGAAGAAAACAGAACAGUCUUCGUCACAUAGAUCUGCUGAUUCGGAACCAACAACCCACAAAAUCAAACUUGACGGUCCACCCAAAAAUAGCAAAAAGAAGAAAGAUGGUGGCGGGACCAAUAAGAAACAAAAACUCAGCAAGAAAGAGUUAAAAGAGCUGGAAAAACAACAACGACAAAAGUCAUAUAUUGCUCCAACGAAACCGCAGCCAAUCAAACCAGAUCCUCUGGAUUCAACCGGUUUGGUGUAUGUCCUUCCAGGAGAGCUAGUGAUCGUUCUAAAGAAUCUAGGCAAGAAGGCGGUGAAGACUAGGGAGAAAGCGUUAGACGAUUUGGAAAGCGGGUGGGUCAAUAGUGAUAGAACAAAAGAAAGUAGUGGACAGGAGCACGUCCUGAUAGAUAUGUUGCCCGUUUGGCUAUCUCAUCUCCCUCAGCUUUUGUUACAUCCCUCAAGACGGAUACGAUUGGCUGCAACAAACAUCCAUCGGUCACUUGUCAACAUGCCUACUAUAUUAGAACACAUAAGACUCCAAUUAGAGGCAGACGGCUCGGAAUCAGCAGAUGUAAUAGGCGUUUGGGCAUUGGCCUCACAGGACAUCGAUCCAGCUGUCGCCAGUUCCGCGUCAGAAAGUUGGCGCAAGUUCGUAGGAGCUUCAUUGUCCAAGGCCCAAAUAUUGACUUAUGCUCAACGAGCGAUAGUUGAUCCUGGUGCCCUUUACGCGUAUCUAAAUCCUUCGCCUCUUCGAACGCCUGCAUCUGCGCCCAUGCCUCAUGACAAGCUAACAGGGAAUCAGAAAACCCAAAUUCAUUCGAAAGGUGCCAAAGGAAAGACAACUCCGGUGAAAGGGAAAUCCACUUCUUCCACUCCUAAAACCUCCGCGGGUAAUCCUGACGUCAAGCAGCUGCAAGGUUUUGACGAUCCCCCGCUUGACUCUCUUGAAACAGACACGGAUCGCGAUGCAAGAUUACGUGUCAGUGGUCUGGGCGCAUUAGCUUGGGUCUUAUCGGCCUCAUAUCUGGCUGAGACGCUGGAUGUCCUUUCUGAUGCAAGACUUUGGUCCUCAUUGGCCGGAUACGAUUUUGGGUCAUUCGGCUUCGAACAACCCCCGGUACGAAAGGCUGCCUGGCGUUUGGUUGGUACAGUCAGUGGUGCAUUAGGCAACUUCAAACCCUCUGUAACCGCUGCUACGCAGUCUUCACCGUCUACGGAUGAGAAGAUACUAAAGCUUUUGCGCAUACUCAGCUUUUCAGUCUUCCAUAAUGCAUGGACAGAACAAGAUGCUGGUGUACAAGGUGUGAUGUGGCAACCGUUGUUGAGAUUUUUGAAAGACAAUCCCGAAGCAUGGCAAUGGGAGAUGGGAUACAACUACACCGCUGAAAUUAAUCUACGUAUGAGAGAUGUAGAUGCAGGUUCAGAUGCAGGUUCAGAUUCCGACUCUGAAUCUGCUUCGUCGGAUGGCGAAGAUGAAGAUGUCAGAAAAGGGACGGAGGUUCCACCUUUUGCAGCUUCGCGAGCAUUUAAAUCCUUCCUAUCUUUCCUUGCCUGUGGUUGUAACGGUUCUCCCAUUCAAGCGUACCCUGCCGUUAUGGUGGUUCUGUCGACGAUUCCUUCGAGCAUUUUGCUAGCAUCAUAUUCCUCCGAGUCAGUUUCCUCCCCUGCGAUGCCUUUCACCGAUCUUUUUUCCUCGUUCUGGGCCGCAGUUGAACCCGAACACCACCCUUCCUCGAGUUCUAGUGGCAUUACCGUCACCUCCACCAUUACGACUCCGAAUCGCAUAUUUUCCGGUUCAGGUGCAGACAAAGCAUCCAAGGCCUUCGUCGAGGCUGUGCUUGACUGUCUGACAUUUCUAGUCAGGAGGAUCGUUUUUCAGUCGCAGAAUGCUACCUCGGAAACGACAGCGGAUAUACUGGGGUUAAGUACUUUAAUCCGAACGCAGGUCAAGCGCGUUUGGGUAGAGGUUGUCGGGACUGGUGGUGCGACUACUACGGUAGAUGCGAAUGGGGACCCCCCAGUACGAAAGCUUGUGUUGAGGAUUUCUCCCGAUGUCCUUGGUACGUCUUUAGCUAGGAUGUUGCGUGGACUCCGUGGAAUUCCGGGAGGGCCUUUUUACGACGAUGCGUGGGAAACAGUAACUCAGCUCAUACAGGAUUCCGCUAUUGAAGUUUCCAGUACUUCUACCUCCAUUGCAGCCAAGGACCUUUCGUCGUUCACAUCGGGUGUGCUCAAAGCGCUGCAGCCCAGUUCUGUUGACUCUACGGACUCUACGCAUUCUGAUGCUCAGCAAUUACUCGUGACCGUGUUCAAUAUAGCGCUGGAUGGGUGCGAGCGGAGUGUCACUGGUAUAAAUGGCUCCAUCGCAAAAGGAAUUGGAGGGUUGCAUUUGCUGACGAAAUUCAUUUCUACGUUUGGUUCUGAAUCUGGCAUAGCCGCAGCCAGUGAUGAUGUGAUAACUCGCAUUGACACAUUCGUGGUGCAGAACGCCUACAAAUUGCUUUCGUUAGAGAGGAAGGAGGGUUUUGAGCUGUUAACGACGUAUCUGCUUUGUCGUGAUGCAAACUCAGCAGCUCGAUCUACAGAAUCAUCACAGGCUGCCUUGACCUGGUUGGCGCUACUGGAACAGGUCGUCGAAUAUUUUCAUUCGCAAUCCGGUUCUCAGAAAGCCGAAUUCCCUGUAGUGUUAAGCUACUUGCUAACGCUUCUUGACUCACUCAGAUCGAAACGGGGCGGAAAAGUGGCGGUUGCCAAGUUGAGGCCUAUCAUGAACGAGUUGGACGACAUGAUCUUAGAAUUCGCGCAGGACACUGUUGCGUCAGGUUUUUCUACCCUGAGCUCCAAAUUGAAUCUAGUCCGUGACGUGCUUCUCCUCACCCACCACACAAAAAUAGCAGAAACUAUUUCUCAUCCUCUUUUGGUACCCGCAAGCCUCGUCAAGCUCGUGGGGAUGCUCGUGGCUCGAUUCGAAAGUGGUUUACGGAGCUUACUUGGAGUUGGUUCAGAGGGUCGAGAUCAAAGGGGGAACCAAGAAGAAGAAAAAGUCUCGGACUCAUUGGAUAGGAUGGAUCGGCUUUUGGUCUUGAUGGAGGUGAUUUUGCAGUUACCGCCGGUUAAUGUCGUGGAUUCAGAGCAAUCGAAACCAGGUCCAUCAUCAUCAUCAUACACUGCGUCCCUGCCAGCUCUUCCUUCAACGAGCGUUAUCCCUGGCAUAUUCCUUCUUGCAUAUGCCUUACCUCGGUCUUCUUUAUCACCUCAAUCAGUCCUCGCAACGACAGAAGAUGAAACCAUUUCCCACAGUCGCGAUAACCUCUGUGCCAAGGCUCAGCGGAUUUGGGAAUCCUCUAUCAAGUUGAGUAACGACGUCUAUGGCGGAGCAAGGAAGGACCAACCAUAUCACGAACGCAUCUACUCGUCCGUCACCCAAAGCCUUCGAACCCUCCUCUCCAAGACGAACCCAGCCUGUUUAUAUUGGUGCACUGCGGAAGACGUCGUCGAAGUAUUUGAAGUGCUCCGGAAUUCCAUGUCCUUGAAGACGAUAUCUCUGCACUCGGUGACUCUGGAAAAGAAUCCCAUCAACGCUCUAUUGCCUUCGCAGGACUCAUUCGACGUCUUAUUAGAUAGGAUGAGUGGUGCACCAAUCAGUCGAAGUAUGAGCGUCGUUGAUGAAUUGGCGGGGGCAGCGUCAGUUUUUGACCCUUCCUCCUCUGACGCUACUUCAGAUAUGAAUGACGUCCGAAUUUAUGCUAGAUACGCGCUUGCCCUCCUCUACAUUCUCUCUAAUGAUCUGGGGCUGGCAAAGGGGCUCUUCACUGCUAGUCCAGGAUCCUGGUGGGUUCUCAGGCACCUCCUCGUGUUAGGUGUAUAUGCGGGAGGGACAGUAUCGGUUCCGAAUGCCCCGAAUGCACUCUAUAGGAAUCCGCUAUACCAUCUUGCAGUCCUUGAAUCUGACCGUGCCCAUCGUUGUAGGGAAAUCAUUGGAAAGGUGCACCGGAUCGUGGCAUAUAUUUUCACGUCUGCAGAAUUCGCGGAAGGGGCCACAGGUGAGGAAGGAAGGGAAUGGAGGAAAGACGUCUGUCGGAUGCUUUCCGCGCCCAAUGAGACUUCCCUAUCAACAAUUCCUUCUCUCUCCGCUUUCCUCUUCUCCAUCGCCCAUUUUUCAGCGAAAACUGAUAGUUACCGCGACUGUUGUGUUCUUAGAGAGGUUCUAUCCCGUUUGUUUCAAACAGGUCUCGGUAGUGGUGGUAGGAGUGAGAUUUCGGAGGAAGAAGCAGACCUAUGGCUCAAUUACGCUCGAAGAUUAUCUGAAACUGAAAAAGGAAAAUCGGCGCGGGCUCCUUUGACGGGAGUCACAAUUAUGUCAACACUUGUAGCAAACUUGCCAUCAUCAUUAUCUUCUUCCACCCUUGCUGCAAGCUUCUCCUUCCCUCGCCUCGAGCGGUACCGCAACGAACUGGCCUCCUCACUUCUCGGUGUUUCCCCCUCCCGGGCAACUUCAGAUGGGCUUCGAAUUCUUCUAAGACUGGUGCUUGGUACCGCACCAGAUGUAGAAAGUGAGGCUGAAUUUUUACCGGUGCAGAGGGCUGUGAAUGUGAUCAAGGCUUGUCAGAAGUGGAUCGAGGAAGGAGGCGAUAAUGAUGACGCAAGUGGUGAGGAGGGGGAGCAAAUUGCGGAAACAGGAGACGGAAUGGAGGAACUUGAGAGCGCCAUGACGCUGACAUUUUACCAUCUUGCCCCAAUAUUGCAGAAUGUCGCUGGAGGUCAUUGGCAGUUCAUAUUCGAUGUAGUGGAAAACAACAUCGAGAACUGCGAUUUCAAUUUUACCAAGUCAUCCUCCGCCUCUAACUCAUCACUCCAACUCAUCACCCUUGCUCGAACAAUUCGCCUUGUAGGUCACAUCCAAGAUCUGGCGGCCACAAAUAGGUCUCUCAGAGCAGAGUGGAGUGAGAGGAAAGGUGGCAUUAUGAAAGGUAUAAGGGGCAUGAUUCUUUUGGACAGGGACGCUGCAGAGGAGGAAAUUGAAGCAAGCAAAAGAGAAAGCAACGGUAGAGUGGAAACACUUGAUGGGCCGCGGUCUGUGCCUGAAAGUAUGUGUCAUUUGCUGUCAUCAAGCACUUAUUCCUCUGUCCUCUACCCCCCUACCAACUCACAUUUGUCGUCUUCAUUGCCGUCUUUUGCAUCAUCUAUUCACCAUGACCAACUCGCAUAUCAGAUCCUUCAUAAAGCCGCCAAGAAACGUACAGAGCAUUUCGUUUUGGAAGCCGGUGUGGAUACGGAGGGUAAAGUUAAGGCCCAGUUACCGGAAGAGCUACUAGUGCUGCUACAACAAUCUGUGGAUCUGGACAUUGAUGUCGAGAAGGCAGACAUUGACGGUGAUCGUGAACAUGAAAUAUUUGUAUAUCUACUAAGUUGGAUGCUUUUCUUUGACUCGUUUGUCGACACAUCAAUGAAAGUUCGAAUGAGCUACAUAGAACAACUUCGUAGCUCUAGCAUCAUUGAGACACAUUUCAUCCCGAGUGUUCUCAGCCUUCUGAACCUGGGUCGCGGGAUCGUCAAGGCCUACAAAUUGGAUAUAUGGGCUGUGGAUGAAUUUUAUGUUCAAUUCUACGAGACAGGUUCAUUCUCCGGACUGCAAACCUUCGCCGCACACCUCUAUUAUCGCGCACUCCUCACUGUUCCUUCCCUCAUAUACAACUGGGUCGUAGACUGCCGCGACCGGCAAUUAUCCUCAACAAUCGCUUCAUACACUCAAUCGUACUUUUCUCCCGUCCUUAUCCGGGCUGAGCUCGAACACGUCAAGGGCCCUGAAGCGCAGUCGGAGCUCGUGUCGGAGUCGGACGAGAAUCAGCUUACGGUCAAGGUCGCGUCGGGGGCGGUGAACGAAGUGACAGCGUCGUAUUUGGUCGAUGAGCAGCAGCUUGAGAUAAGGUUGAGGAUUCCCGGGGAUUGGCCGUUGCAUCGGAUUGAGAUUAGGGAUACGAAGAAGGUGGGUGUAGAUGAUAAUAGGUGGCGAGCGUGGAUUUUGGGUGUUCAGCAGACUAUUUGGGCUCAGAAUGGACGAAUCCUCGAUGGUCUGGCUUUGUUCAAGAAGAACGUGGCGGGGCAUUUCCAGGGUCAAGUUGAGUGUGCGAUAUGUUAUUCGUGA